AUAAACAUCGCACUUUCGCAUCAUCUUUUCCUCCCACAGCCGUACGCGAGUGAAGGUGGAAAAUCUAUCGCGCAGUUUUCAUUGCGUGCGCGCCCCGUUGUUUGUGUAGGAAAAACGGAACAAACUUGUGCAUUUACUUAUCGGUCGUGUCUCGUGUGCGAAUCCUCGUCACCUUUUGCACCAUGGAGGUCAAACAGCAGGAGCAGGAAAAUAUCUAUCUGUUCGUGCCGAACAUAAUCGGUUACGCACGGAUCGUGCUGGCAAUCGUUUCCUUCUACUACAUGCCCACGGACUAUGUAAUUGCCAGCUGGUGCUACAUCAUCAGCGUACUGCUCGAUGCACUCGACGGUCAUGCGGCGCGGCAUUUCAACCAGUCCACAAAGUUCGGCGCCAUGCUGGAUCAGCUUACCGAUCGGUGCGGCACAUGCGGUCUGCUCGUAACGCUAAGCUACUUCUACCCGAAGUACAUGUUCUGGUUCCAGCUUUCCAUGGCGAUCGAUGUCGCGUGCCACUGGUUCUAUCUGCACACGACCGUGCUCCAGGGCAAGACGUCGCACAAGUUUAUCGACAUGUCUGGUAAUCCGAUUAUGCGUGUCUACUACACCAACCGUACCGUGCUUGGCUUCAUGUGUCUGUUCAACGAGCUGUUCUAUGCAGCGCUGUACCUGCUGCAUUUCACGCCCGGGCCGCUGCUGCUGGGCUUCUCCACGUUUAAACUGCUCGCCAUCGUCUCGUUCCCGGUGGCCGUCGUCAAGACGGGCAUCUCGGUGAUUCACGGGUUCGUUGCCAGCUGCAACAUUGGCGUAAUUGACGUCGCGGAACGGGCGGCACAGCGCGAACGGGAAGCGAACAAGAAACCGCAAUAAAGGGGGUGAUGGUAUCCCCUGAAUGCGCUAAAGAAUACGGGCUGUCCCCCCUCUUUCUUUGAAGACGAUGCGGAAAUAUUUUCCCAACUUUAAAAGUGAAUGCAACGCUUGUCCCUCUCCCGGCGGACCCCGAGGUCGGGUGUUUCUAAGCGCUUCACGUAAAAAUCACUAUGCCAAAGGACAACAACAAAUGGAGAAGAAAAAAAACAAGCAUGAUAAUGUGUUUUAAAACAAGUCUAUUUAAGUGUUGUUAACUAAUAAUGUAGCUGAAACUGUGUAAAACCCCUCCACCAUCUACUGUCCCGGUGUGUUCGGUAGUCGGGCGAGAAAGGGAUCAAACAUUAUGCACCUGACCAUUAUGCAAUGUACUGCAAACAAAAAAGAAGACGAAACAAAACACAUACAAACGAUACAGCAUGUGAGAAUGAGUUGAAUAUUGUUGGAAUGCAAGAAACCCCACGAGAAGAAAGGCAACCGAUAAUUAGUAAUGCACAUUCCACAGAAGCGUCCCGAGUCAUAGAAAAUGCUCUCCAUAUUUUGCUAUCAGACUUACUCUCUUAUCCAGAUGUGUUGUGCAAGUGCACUACAAAGCUCCAGAAGCAAGCACGUUUAGCCAGUCGAGUCAAUCGUGUAGUUAUUUGUUGCUUAACGUGUAGCAUGAAGAUAUCAUCAAGCUCAUUGUCACUUACAGGUAUUGUAUCGUCAAUCGAAAAAAGGAGCUGAUGUGGCUAAUACAUUUAGGUUCGUGUAAAUGUCUCCCAAAUUGUGUAGAGAAGUAGUGAUUCGAAUACAUGUCAUCGAUGUGAUUUGUAACUCCCCGACUUUCUCGUGUGUCUAAUAAAUAAAUAGCCUCUCUCUGUAAA